AUGAUCAACCCAAGUAUUGAUACGUUGGAACAGGAAACGUCUCAUUCAUCUCGUAUUGAAAUGCCAGAAGUCAAGAUGCCAAUGACUGAAGAAUUCCUAUUGGGACCAUUCCGGAAAAUCAUAAAAGUAACCGGACUUGACUGUUCUGUUAUUUCUCUCUCUCAACAUAAUCCACAUCUCCGCAUCAAAGCCAUCAUCACUAGAGUUGUUGCUAUAGCAGUUAUUGUCGUCAUCUUCUUUCGAUGUGGAAUGUUAUUCAAAGCAGAAGGUCCAACAUUAUCAUUAACAUGGGCUGAAUCGAAUAUGUUUGCAUUUAUGGGAAUACAAUCGAUCGUUUGCACUUUUUGUCUUUUCGGAUGGACAAAAAAUGAAUUUGUUCCUCUUCAUCUGACAAGAUUGAACAAAGUCAGAUCUCUUCGCAUAAAAGAGAAUACGUUAGUGGACGACUACUCAAACAUUCACAGAAAAGCAUUCAUCUGGUCUGGAUUCUGGUUCGCUGCCAUUUUAUCUCAUGCAAUCGCCAGUGCAGCUGCUCAGAAAGUUAUCAUUUCGGGUAAGAUCGUCAUUGCUCCGCUGUAUAUCACAAUGCCGUUCAUAACUCUUCUUGCUUGUUUCAUUGUUACUCUUUGUCUAAUUUAUUACUUCCUUGUUAACGCUUCUUUGAGUCGAGAAAUCGAAUAUUUCAAUACGGAAUUAGAAGAAGCAAAACAAGAAAAACGGCUUCAUGAUUCCAGUAUUCUCUUGGAAUUCUGUCAUCGUCAAGCUGAGCUCGUUCGACUAGUGGAGAAAGCGAAUGAAUCACUCUCAAGCUACGCGAUUACUGCUCCGAUGUUUUGUUUUACCAGUUGUAUAAAUGCAGUGUUCAUUGCUAGCGGAUUCAGCAGUUCUCUACCAUCUGUCAUUUUUGCCAUUCUCCUCUUCAAUCUGUUCGCUGUAAUUGCUAUCACAUUCUUCACUCUCCGACCAGCUAGUAAUGUUCAAUUCUACCUUUCUGAUACUGCUAGAAUCUUAAUGGACAGUGAAGAGUUCGAAUGUUCGCAGGAUUCAGAUGUAUUCAAAGGAUACCAAGUAAUGAUAAACAGAUCUCUCAAGCAUAAUAUGAAAAUUCGAGUUCUCCGAGGAAUUCCCAUUUAUCCGGCCUCUAUGAACUUCGCUAUGUUCAUCUUCCCAAAUCUUGGAAGUCUUUUAGCCUUAGUCAGAAAAAUACUGGUAAAUCAAGGAAUUCAAAUAUAA